UCUAGUAGUCCUGCCCCUGCAGCUGCUGAUAGGACUGCGCCUCUUCCUCCUCCGCCCCAGCCUGCAGGCUAUGAGACCGGUGACCACAGGCCCAGAUCAGACGGGGGUCCCUGAACCUGCUGCUGCACUGUAAGGACUGCGUGGUCAGGUCUCCUGCGGGCGCUUGUACACUCCCUUGAGGGACAGCAUGGCGCAGGACAGCAGAGAAGUAGAUGAUUUCCUCAUGUACUUCAUCUUGUUGGAGAAGGUCCCGAUGGGCAGUCGGACGAUAGAGCCCGGCAGACUAUGCUGCAUGAGCGAGGAGUCCUAUCUCCAGAGUGUGACGGGGCACGAGAGCCCGGCCCAGUCCCUCAGCGUCACCGUCAUCGAGGAGAACGUCUCGAUAGAUGUAGAUGUCAACGUUCUCCAGCCCCUGAGCCAGAGGAAAGCGGCCCUACUCCUAGCCAUCCGCAACCCCACCGAGAGGUUCAACUGCUUCCUGGAGAGGGGUCUGGAGCAAGCUGUCCAGGCUGAGGUCGGGCAGAGGGUCCUCGUGGAGCACGAGCAGAAGCUUUUCCCUGCAUUAAUCCAUCUUGUGGACAACAUUCUGGACACCAGCACCUUACUACCUCCCGUGUACUUCGGAGUGGAGCUGGAGGGUGAAGGUGAAGGUCGUGGUAACAUGGAUGGCACUUAUAAAGGGGUGACAUUCUUCAAGUGUAAGAAGAACAGUGGCCUCCUACUACCUUUUAAUAAAGUCAUUUUCUCUGGGGCCCCUCCAUCGGAUGAUACAGGAUCCACAAAUCCACAGAGUGGUUCAGUGAAUCGUGGUGACAAGGUUGCGUACUUUGUGGAGGACUCUUUAAAGCGAGGAAUAGUUGUCUUCUCAAGUAACCAAUCGGCUACAGGCUUUGUGGAAGUCUUACCGGAGGAGACCACAUCAGGUGACUUGUUGAAGAUCCCCCUGGACUCCAUAGUGAAGGAGGAAGUCACGACUUCAGAUGAUCAGAGCCUGGUGCAGGACGGGAAGCCUGCCAGUAAUGAGGAGCAGAGAAAGGCAGGCCUGGAGGUGGACUCGCUGGUGCAGAUUCGGUAUAAGGAAGGGGAGCUGGCCUUCGGGAUCAUCCGAUGGUUGGGCUACAUGCCUCAGAAUAUGGAUGUCAUGGCCGGGGUAGAGCUGGAAGAAGACAAAGGUUGCAAUGAUGGCAGCUGGUGCGGCCAACGGUAUUUUUUCUGUCCACCUAGACGAGGACUGUUUGUGAAGUUAAAAGCUUGUCAACCGGACACUCGCUUCCUGUCCAGUGGAGAUUUUCCACCAAAGAGCCCAAAACACAGUAAAAGUGAUGGUCGCAGGGUGCCAGGGAAGGUUCCUCCUUUGCAGGGUGCUGCUGCUGUGGAUAUUUUAGAAGGAGAUAUGAAGGGUAUUCAGGGUCAUUGCAAUUCCUGCUACAUGGAUGCCGCACUUUUUAGUCUCUUCUCUUGUAGCUCUGUGCUGGAUUCACUUCUCUUCAAACCUUCAACUCUUCCUGAUGGAAAAAUCCAGGAAACCCUGAGGGAGGAAAUAGUCAACCCCCUGCGCAAGAACGGCUUUGUGUCAGCGGACAGUGUGAUGACCUUGAGAUGCCAGCUGAAGGAGGAGAGUCAGUGCCCCAGCUUCACCACCUCUGAGAAAGACCCGGAGGAGUUCCUCAACCUCAUCAUGCAUCGUAUCCUGGGGGCCGAUCCUCUCUUAAAGCUACAAUCUGCGGGUCAGCGGGUGCAGGAGUGCUACUGCUAUCAGAUCUUCAUCGAGAAGCAGCAGGAGAUGACCGUGCCCAAUGUCCAGCAGCUCCUGGAGCAGUCCUUCCAUCACUCCAGGCUGAAGCUGACGGAGAUCCCGUCCUGCUUCAUUAUCCAGAUGCCGCGCUUUGGGAAGGAAUACAAGAUGUUCAGUAAGAUCGUCCCAUCUCUGGAGCUGGACAUCACGGAUCUUCUUUCUGAUAGUCCUCGGGAGUGCGUGGUGUGCGGGAUCCUGGCCACUCAUGAAUGUCCCGAGUGCUUCAAGGACGUGAUCCUGUCCGACUAUGGCCCCAAGCAGUACUGUCUAGUGUGCUGUAAACAGGUUCAUUCACAUCGCAAUAGGAAGGACCACAGACCCGUUCCUCUGAAGAUCCCAGAAGGCUUCCUGAAGACGCCAAACAAGAUCCCACGUGAGACGUUGGAGCUGUUCGCAGUGCUGUCCAUAGAGACCAGUCACUACGUCUCCUUCGUCAAGUACGGGACGGAGAAGGGCAGCUGGAUGUUCUUUGACAGCAUGGCCGACCGAUUUGGAAGUGAAGAGGGCUACAAUAUCCCGAGAGUUUCCCUCUGUCCAGAAGUGGCUACUUACCUGGCAGCUCCGCUCAACGAUCUCAUGAACCAGAACCCUCGUGAAAUGAAAGGAGUUGCCAAACGCCUCUUCUGUGAUGCCUACAUGUACAUGUACCAGAGUAAGAGGAUGGCGCUUUAUAAGUGAGGACAUCUGAAGGAACAGAUCUUGACCACACGCUAGGCCUCGGCUCUCAAAAAGAU